AUGGACCGAAAUUCCGAAGGAAGAAAUGCGAGUGGCAAACAGCUUGAAAAUGUCCAACUAAAAAGCAACUCGCUGUUCCGCGGCUCCGUGUUCGAGAUUUGCGGUGCUAGACAAAGCGAUAAGACUAUCUGCUAUUCUUUCUCACACUGGGGCAAGGAGAAUGAUUCGGAAAGCGGCAGGGGAGGAAGGCUGUCUCGCAACUCGCAACGGUCAAUUCUUCCCGAAAUCGGUGACAAGCCCUUGGUAGUCACCUCGGCAAUCUAUGCGAGGAGAAGCAAAAAGGGCAAGAGAAAGGUGACCAUGUUCGCUCAUUCGUUGGUUGCUGCAUAA